AUGGAUGCUCUCUUGGGUGGCAAGUACAGGCUAGAAGAAGAAAUAGCGGCUGGGGGGUGCGGUCAAGUGUUUAUUGGCGUACACAAUGUCGCGGGCAAGGAAGUAGCUAUCAAGCUUGAACCGGCGAUUGCAAAGCAUAGUCCACUUCAACAAGAGUCGAAGAUCUACAAACGACUCAUGGGCAAUACUGGCAUCCCAUGGAUAAUGUGGUCAGGCCGGCAGGGUGACUAUAACGUCAUGGUCAUUGACCUCCUUGGCCCGUCUCUUGAAGACCUUUUCAAGAUGUGCAAUCGUCACUUUUCUCUCAAAACCGUCCUCCUCCUUGCAGACCAACUUAUUUCUCGCAUCGAGUUCAUCCACUCCCAUGGAUUUGUUCACCGCGACAUAAAACCCGCCAAUUUCGUCAUGGGCACGGGCCGGGCAGUCAACAUGGUCAAUGUUAUCGACUUUGGUCUGGCGAAAAAAUUCUGGGAUUCCCGCACAUCAUUACACAUCCCCUUCAAACAGGAUGACUUCCACGGCGUUGGGACAUCUCUCUUCGCUGCUAUCAACACUCAUAUUGGUAUCGAAUCUUCUCGACGCGAUGACCUUGAGUCUCUUGCCUAUAUGCUUAUAUAUUUUCUACGGGGCACCCUUCCUUGGCGCAAAUUACGCGCGCCGGCUGCUCCCCCUUCUACUUAUGUUUCCGGCUCACACCCCUAUAACCCUGUUUCUGCGACAUGGGAUUUGAUUCGCGAUGCUAAACUGUCCGCUGAACCAUUGCUGACUUGCGGUCUACCACCCGAGUUUGAUGUCUUGUAUCGAUACGCCCGGGGUCUCGAAUUCGAUGAUUUACCUGACUACGCCGGUUUACGUGCUCUGUUUCGUGGUUUAGCCGAGCGACUGGAGUUCUCAUACGACGAUGAAUUCGACUGGACCGUUCCGCCUCCCAAGGGCAAACCAGCGCCGAUAGGGCCCACUGCGGCCAAAGGGCGUUACUGUGAAGCAUGUCAUCGCCGGGAAACGGAACGCCGGCAACUGGCUCCGACGUUGUGCGGAAGACAUAUCCAGCCGAAUUCCAGCACGCGCCCCGCCAUCUCAUCACCACGCUCAAGCCACGUUCCCGCAUUCACCUUCUUCUAUCAUUGCGCUCAUGACCCCCUUACAAUUCCAUACUGCAAUGAGGUGCAUAGGCCUCAUCGGCCGACCCAGUGUUUGUUGUAUCGCUACUGUCUUGCUAUUGCACAAUUGUAUCUUUAA